UUGUGCCCGACCGCUUCAACACCGUUCAUCUCAGCAGUAUCGCUGCAGCCGAUGCAAUGCACGCCGAAUGUGGAUGGCGCAUGUCCCGGGAAUUUCUUUUGUUGGUUCUCCACACGCACUGCAACCAUUAACACAUACUACUGCUGCCGUUCUCCAGACACGGCCAAUGUUGGGUUUUGCCCUCCAGAGCUUGUGCCUGUGUCUGGUGACGAUGGUGUCCAGUAUCGAUACUGCAGCCCGUCGGCUGCGCUGAACGACACAUCAAGGGGUUGCGGUACUAAUCGUCACUGCCAGUACUCAUCCAAUUUGGAGCGUUAUAUUUGUUGUGGUCACAGAAGCGAAGCGCGCCUGCCAAGUAUCUCUCCUUUUUUGAAGGAUUUGUUUGCAAAACUCGGUUUCUUUAACAUUAAAGUGAAGUAA